AUGUCGACACGGCAGGCUUCUUCCCCCAACUCCGCCUUAAGAACCUCUCUCCCAACCGCCUUCGCCUCCGUCGUCGAAGAAUCCUCAUACGCACAUCCAACCCAAGAAGAGCAAGAUAAAUACCUCCAAGCUCGCCCAGGCGCAACCGCCCGCCACUUAGGCAUCGCUCUCCAACAUGCUCAACAGAUCCAAUCCCAGAAAGAUGCCGAGGGCAUGAUUCUAGAUCGCACGAUCGAGCUCCUUGAGAUUCCGACCUCCCCUUCCGCCGACCCUAUCACUCCCUCCUCAGAAGAUGUACAGUUAUUUAAAACCGCCUUGCAACUGUUCCGACCUGGCGAUUACGAUAAUUUGAUCAUGGAGCGAAACUACGAGGAUUUGUGCGGAUACGGUCUUUGCCCCCGCAAGAAUCGCAAACAGGUCGGCGCGACGGGUUCAACGUUUCACUUCAAAUACGGCGCAAAGGGAAGCGGUCCAGGUGGUCGUGGUCGCGCGGUGGAUAUUGUUCCAAGGGAGAAUUUGGAAAAGUGGUGCUCGGACGAAUGCGCGGAGCGAGCUCUGUUCAUUCGCGUGCAGCUUUCAGAGCAGCCUGUUUGGGAGAGACGGGCGGAUGAAACUGAGGAUAUCAGAAUCGAGCUUCUCGAGGAAUCGAGGGAGAGACGGCAAAGGCAGAAGCAGAAGCAGAAGCAAAAGCUGGAAGCUGGCAGUUCAAAGUCAGUUUCGGCGGACCCUCAAGGUAGCGAGUCGGAUAUAACGGCUGGGCUGAGGGAUUUGAAGAUCCAGGAAGCUGGACGAUCUCAGGAGCUUGCUCUGGAACGUGGCGAUACCGGCUUAUCCCUUCGAAACGGUCGUGUUGACGUCCAACUCAUAGAGAAGGAGCCUUCAUCGCAAUCAACUCCUACCGCUCCACGACUGGGGCCUGGUGAUGAAAUGGGAGGGUCUAUUGAAGGAUAUAUUCCCCAAGAACAUCUCGAAGAGUCGUCCAAUACUCUUAAGGACAGAGACAUACUCGAUCAACUCUGA